GUGUUAGGGGGCCGAUCGGGCGUGCGUGCCGCCGUUGAUCCGGUGCUGCAGUGAGGUGGUUGUCGCCCGUGUUGUGUGUGUGUGAGUGUGUGUGAGUGAGUGAGCGAGUGAGUGAGUGAGUGUGUGCGUGGGGGCACUCGGCUUGUUGUUGUCGGUGACUUCCCCCUUCCCUCCACCCCUCCCCUCCCCGGCCGCCGCUGCAGUGGCCGCUCCCUGGGCCGUAGGAAAUGAGCGAUAACGAUGACAUCGAGGUGGAGAGCGACGAAGAGCAACCGAGGUUUCAAUCUGCGGCUGACAAGCGGGCUCACCAUAAUGCACUGGAACGAAAACGUAGGGACCACAUCAAAGACAGCUUUCACAGUUUGCGGGACUCAGUCCCAUCACUCCAAGGAGAGAAGGCAUCCCGGGCCCAAAUCCUAGACAAAGCAACAGAGUAUAUCCAGUAUAUGCGAAGGAAAAACCAUACGCACCAGCAAGACAUUGAUGACCUCAAGCGGCAGAAUGCUCUUCUGGAGCAACAAGUCCGUGCACUGGAGAAGGCAAGAUCAAGUGCCCAACUGCAGACCAACUACCCCUCCUCAGACAACAGUCUCUACACCAACGCCAAGGGCGGCACCAUCUCUGCCUUCGAUGGGGGUUCAGACUCCAGCUCAGAGUCCGAGCCUGAAGAGCCCCAGAGCAGGAAGAAACUCCGGAUGGAGGCCAGCUAAGCCAUGCGGGGCAGGCCAGCAAUAAAACUGUCGACUCUCCCGUCGCAUCCUCCUUCAGUUCGUCAUUAGAACCCUCAGAACCAUUGAGAAGACUCUUUAUUUUCCUUUUCUCUUUAUUGUUAUUUUUGCAUAGAAGCUCUUGGACAACAGCUCUCAUCCCAUUCCCUGUGUCCACUAUUUUUAAAUGUAUUCCCUUCAGGGGUUCCUGUCCCCACCAGAAAUUUUAAACCAAAACACCCCAACUUGGCAGCUCUUUCUGUGGAGGACAGACGGCCGGCCAGACCUCUGAGUACAUGGUGUCCUGCCCACCCUACCAGCUCCUCCAGCCCUCAGAGCACGGGCCUGUAGGGCGCCUGCUCUGCUAGGCUCUCCUCCCAGCCCGCCCUCACCUCUGUUUGGUGGACUUUGUGAAUCUCUGAACUGUUCUACUUUGACAAGAAGACCAGAUUGGAGUAAUCAGAACUCACCCCCUCUCCUUUGUAAGGAUUAUUUUUUGGAAAAGCUGUCUCUCCUGUUGAAAAACAGGAUUCUUGAAGAAGCUUGUGUGGUAGAAAAGGAAAGCAGGGACAGAUUUGCAGCACCCUUGGCACGGUCAGUCACUUCGGCUGUUUAAGCCUGAAGACCCAGCCUUCCAGAAGGCCACGGGACGCUGGUAUGUACGUAUAGGAGGCGGCGGCAGUGAAAUGAGCGGCUCUCAGGAGUGGGGGUGGCUAUGUGGGUGGGGCUGGGAGGGAGUUUUAGGUGGGGUAGAGGUUUUGUAUUAAGGGCCAGUGAUGAUGUUUUGAUAUUUAUUUCCUGCUACUGAAAUUUGAAUCUGAAUGAAAUGCCCCUAUUUCUGAUGAUGUCGAUAUUGUUAAACGACAGAUUCAUAAAGUAAUGAUCAAAUCUUCA